AUAAACAAUCUCCAGGACGACGAAUGGCGGCUGCCACAGUAUUUCUAGACUUUCUAAAAAAAGCUUAGUUAUUUGUUGACAAACAAGACUACAACACAAUACUGACACGCAUUAGAGAUACGAUUCUGAACUUUAUAUUGAAAUAGCUGUCACUUCUUGUAGUCCCCAGUUGUCCGUGUGGCCGGUGAUAUCACGCAUUUACUGAUUUCAUCAUAUCAACACAGUAACAAAGAAUUAAGAAGUCAUGGUUUUAACCGAUUUACCUUUUGAACGUGGAACAUUGAUCCAUCAACGUUACAAUUUGUUGAGACGACCAGGAAGUGCACCUGCUUUCAAGAGAGAUGAAGAUGAGAAAAAGGAACAGAGCAAAACUUAUGCUACUUUUUUAAGGGAGCAAGAAAGGAAAGUUGAUCCAGAACUUGGGUUUUUAGACUCAACAAGAUUCACAAAUCCGUAUGUUGUAAAGAAGAACAAAGAAAGAACAAAGUUCUCACAUUCUGGCAGCGGUAAACCAUCCAUUGUGUCUCUGUCCAACAGGAUUGCAAAUGGCCAGAAAGAACAUAACAAAAGAAUCAAAGUGAUUGAGGAUCACAUGUGGCAACAUAAACAAGAAGAGCGAGAACUAAAACGUAUUGAAGGAGAUAUAAUCAAAAACCAGAGAGCUGUCAGACAUACCAUGAGAGAUUUUGAAAAUGCAAUAAAUAAAAAGAGAUUAGAAGAAGAAAAAAAAUUAAAUCAAGGAUUGGAGAAAUACACAGUCAUACAGAGAGAACAUAUACACAGGAAAGAAGAGUCAACAAAAGAACGAUCUCAACAAACGAUGAACUUUGAACAGGGAAGUAAAUCUGUUGGUAGAAAGAAUGAGCUCACAAAGUCAGAUACUGCUAGAAAAUAUAAAGCCAAAAUGAGUGAAAUAGAAUUAAAAAGGACUGAAUUAAUGAGACUGAAUCAGGAAUAUGAAUCUAAAAUGAGAUCAAAAGAGGAAGAAGAGCACAGAUUACAACAAGAACUAACAGACUUAGCCAUUACUUUGAAUAUGGAGGCUCAGAAAGGCAGAAAACAACAAUUUGAUUUGAACAAAGAGAAGAAGCGACAGGAAGCCAACAAGAUAAAUGAAGACGUAUCAGCUGAUAAAUCUGUAGAAAAUAAAAUGAUGAGAAGUGAUGGGGACACUAAGGCAGCAGAAUCAAACAAAAGAAAAUUAAGUGCUGAUUUAAAUGUAACGAAGUCACAUUUAGAUAUUAAAAAGAGAGAUGAAACUCGUCAUUUAACUGAUACUCAGUUUAGGUUGACUGAUAAUUCUAACACACAAAGACAGUUAAAUGAAGCUGCCUUACACGCUGAAAUGGAUCUCAAAGCCAAACAGAUACAACAAAAAUUAGAGUCUCACAAUGCCAGAAGAGUACAUUAUAUGACAACAAAUUUGAGGAACAAAAAGGAGAAAGAGGAAGCUCAGCAGCUUGUAUGGGAGGGACGAUUUAAACGACGAAAUGCUGAUCAGGAAAGACGAAAACAUGAAGACUCACUCAAAUUUUUCAAAAAAAUGGUUAACAAAGGAGAAGACCAAGAAAAGAACUUAUACAAUCAAGUCAGAAACUCUGAAUAUGCUCGACAAAAACAAGAACAAAGCGUUAGACGAAUACAACAACAGUUAGCCGAGAUCAAACGCAAAAACUCUAUUAAAAUACGGGAAGAACUUUCUGAGAGACAGAGGGUGGAGAGAGAGAUAGAACAAGCAUUCAUAAGGGAGAAAGCAGAGUUAGAUAAGGCUCAUGCAGAAAGAGAAGAAUCUUACAUCAAGUUACAGAAACACCGUCAAUAUCUAAAGGAAGACAAGUACCAGUUAGAGGAACACGAGAGGGAACAUGUACGAUUGUUACGUGUAGGAAACGUAACUGACAGUUCUACUGCUGAAGUAUAUUGAGAUAUUGUUUUAAUCAGUGGUACUUAAAAAAACUGCUUUUGCAUCUUUGUUCCUGUGUAUUGUCUAUGACCAUCAGCUGUCAUAUGAUUAUAAACAGCAUAUAUUGUCAUGUGAUCAUAAAAAUCACAUGACUUACUUUUAUUAAUGUUAGGAUUUGUGAUGUUUGUUAAAGGAUGGAAUGGUCAUAUGAUCUUUGUUGAUGUAUGGUUAUUUGAACCUUGUUGAUGUAUGAUCAUGUGAUCAUUGUUGAUGUAUGAUCAUGUGAUCAUUGUUGUAUGUGAUCAUGUGACAUUUGUUGAUGUAUGGUCAUUUGAACCUUGUUGAUGUAUUGUCAUGUGAUCAUUGUUGAUGUAUUAUCAUGUGAUAUUUGUUGAUGUAUUAUCAUGUGAUCAUUGUUGAUGUAUUAUCAUGCCAUAUUUGUUGAUGUAUUAUCAUGUAAUCAUUGUUGUAUGUGAUCAUGUGACAUUUGUGGAUGUAUGAUCAUGUGAUCUUUUUUAGUGAAUGAUUGUUUUUGAAGCUAAUAUGAGGCAUUGAAUGUAUAUAUAGUUUACUAUAAUUUCAGUUGUCCCUUAAUGUACAUCUACUUUUCUGUUGUCUGAGGGGUACACAUGAAUGGGUAACAUUGCUGAAAAAAGCCACUGCCCUCUAAUGCAUAUCAAAUAAUAGUAAUCUUUAAUGAACCAAGUAAAGUGUAUUUACAAAACCAAGAGUUUUUUUCUAAUGCAAUGUGCGUCUUAUUUUUUCAUACAAUUAUGUUUAUAAAUAAUUGAAAAGACCAAAAGAAAUGUAGGUUAGAAUAGUUGGCCUUUCUUAAGUGCCUCAAAAUAGAUUGAAGAUUGCAGUAAACGCUUUACAAAAACCUAACUCUUGUACGUGUUAGGUAACGGUAUAUUUGUUAUGAUAAUGAUUUUCUUUUCAUAUACCUUUAAUUUCAUCCAAUAUAAUCUCAAAUCAGAAGUAAAAGUUUUACGAUGCAAAACGUUGAUAUGAAAAAAUGAUUUGAACAAAUUGAAAAAUAUCAUUCUCAAUUUCCAUAAUUGUUCAUUUAAUUGAAUCUUACAACUGGUGUUAGGAAUAGAAUUUCAUACCCCUGGAGUCUGACGGCAUUUUUAGGCUUUGUUUACUUUGUUAGGUAUUGAGAAUGGACAGUUUAAACAGACAUCUAAUUUCUAUUGUUGUAGUAUUUAAUGAUCAAAUUAAAAUUUAAUUUUUGAUGAAUUGAUAAAAAGGAAUUGGAACAGAGAUUUACCCAGGUGUUUGGGGGUAUCAAAGUGUCAUAAUUUUUAAACCAUAUUGAAUUUUCAUGUGGAUUAUUCUCAUAGAUUCUUGUUUUACAGUGAAACUAAUUUUAACUGAAACCUUUGCAAAUAAAAAAAACAAUGUUUAAACUGAACCCUGCACAUGCAUACCAAGCAAAAACACCUGUUCAGACCAAACUCUUGUAGGACAAAUGUGGAUUCAUUUAUUUUCGUGGGUACCAAUUUGUGGAUAUAGGAAAACUUUUCGUGGAUAUUCAAUUUCGUGGUUUUGGCAAUGUCUGCAAAUAUUCCUUUAAAAGAAUAGUAAUCCUUUGAACAUUUGAAUUGGUAGUUCCUCUGUGCCAAGGAAAUCCACGAAAAUUAGUAUCCAACAAUAUUAAUGAAUCAGCAGUAUUAGGCAUAGUCUUUAGUAAUUCAACUUGCUUAAAUCAAACUAAUUUGUCAUUGGAACCAGUAUAGUUCAGUUAAUAUAUAUUUCACUGUAUGUUAUAAUAUGUGUUAAAAGUUGAUUAUAUCAUUAGAAAACAAUGAUAAUCAUGUGCUAUUUACAUCCUAUUUCACAUUAUUGUUAUUCAACAAUUGGACCAUAGAAGAGCAACAAGCAAAAAAGAGAAAAGGGGUAUAAAGGAAUUGAGAACUUUUAUAGGAAUUUUUAUAUAAAAUUGUAAGAUUUUGAUAAAUUAUCAAUAUUUUUCCCUAUUGUCUUUAAUGUGUUUGUUGAAUAUGGCCAUUCUUUGGCUUAGUUGUUUUUAUUAUAAAGAAUGGAAAUAAGAAUGGCAUGAUGGAGAAUCAUGAUAUUUAACCAAAUAAAGUAGACAUCAUUUGCUAACAUAUUUCUAAAUUAUAUAGUAGUGAACUGAUGAAACUGCCAUGUUGUUGAAAUGCAAGAUAGAAAAUUUGGUUUAAAAAUCUUGAACCAAUUUAUAAGUGUCUUCCCCAAUAUUUGCUGCUGAAGUGUUAAAGUAAAUGUGCAAGGUAGAAUUAUUAUUUUUAAGUUUUAUUUCCUUUUAUAACUCAUUUUUUUGUUCUUGUCUGUUUAAUAUUAAGAAUGUGAAUAAACAUUUAUUUAAUUGCACAAUAAUUUGAAUUAAUUUCUGUUACUUUUGAUCAAUGACAAAAAAGAGACCAGUACAUUUCAGGUAAUUAAAGAAUUGUUCUCUUUGAUUUCAAUAUGUCAUGUGUAACAGCUAUGAUAUUGAAGAUUGGAGUCUAUAAUGUAGGAGUUUCAAAGUACAUUAUGAGUACUUGACUUCUCCUCAUAGAAUUAAUUGAAUGGUAUUGCAUAAUUAUUAAACAUUAAUUAUUUUUUUUGUGUUUUCAAUCAGCAAACCCCACAUUAUGUGGUAAUGGGUUACCAAUUUAGAUUUAACCACUAGUUAAAUCGAUACAUAAAUUGGCAAAUUAUUGAAAUUAUAUAAAAUUUUUGAUAAAAAAAAUUUCUAAAGUUUGGUCUUGUAUUACAUGAAGUGUAUUCAGUAUACAAAUUUACAUCUUUUAAUUAUGCAUGUAUGAAAAGUUUCUACAUUUUCACAUACACUUUCAAGUCAUUGCUCAUUUUCCAUUGAAUCAAAUGGUUUGUUCCCUAGUCUUUCAGUCAAUUUGUUUAUUAUAAUUCACUAUAAAUAACUUAUUGUGUACUGUGUUAUGUCUAUUUUAUACUAUUGUCUUUUUAUAAUAUUUAUUUGCUCAUAUUCUUGUUACAAUAUUAAUUUUAUGUUAUAGUUUACAGUUUAAAACUAAAUUCUGCCUAAAUUGAAUAAGAAGUAGUUUGUUAUGUUUAUAGAUUUUGUUCACAUAAAAAGUAGCUAUAAGUAUAUUUAAUUAUCUGUUGUUUCUCUUUUUUACUUUAUCAUCUUUUUAUUUUUUUUAAUUCACUUAGACACUGCCAUCAAAUGUAUUAACACAUUUAACAGUUGACAUAUCUUUUUUCAGAAACAUCAUUUUUAAGUUUGUAUAGCAUGGCAUUGUGUUAUUUCAACUGAAAAUUAUCAUAAUUUUAACACUGCAAAUUUGAAACAUCACAAGUGAUAUAAAUUUACCAUUGAAAAUAUAUUUUAUAAUUCAACAGAAAUAUAUUUUUGUUAUUGAUCAUGAACCUCUUUAAAAAAAACCUGGGACAUGGUUUAAUUGUAUCCUUAAAGGGUAAUAGUAAUAGAUGACAAGAUGAUCUCUUUUCAAUGAUUAACUUUCAAUAGUAAUUUAUGUGCGGUGUAUUUUGUUGAAUUUGCACAUUAUUUGCUAGAAAAACUCAACACAGAUAUAAUUAUAGUUUAUAGUACGUUUUAAUUUAAUUUUGUUCUUUUAACAAACUUUUGUGAAAUGUCAUGAGAGUUUUCACUUUUUUUGUUGUUGAAAUUUCCCAUAGAUGUAGUUCUUGAAUAUCCCAAAGCUAGGUUUCUAUGUGUGCUGAAGUAAAAAUUGUAUUGUUUUAUUCUCGUAAACAUUUACCCUUGUGUCAAAACUGCUGCUACAUUUUAAAAAUUUACACAAGCACUAUCACAGUCAAAUAUUUGACUAAUGUGUCAAAACAAUUAUAUAUAUAUAUUGGUAUUGUUUAUGCCUAUGGUUUUUAAGUUUAAAUAGAUGAAUAAAUGUCCAUCUGUACA